AUGUACAAGGUGAGAUUGGAGCAGCUUGGUGUAACUGUAGAGAAACGGAUUCACGCCACCAGACUGAAAAAUAGACUGCUUACCGCGCUUCCUGACCUGAGAGCUUAUUCGCAAGGCAGAGGCACACUUUUGAGUUUCGAGAAGAACAUUGGACCAGCCCUAAUGAUGGCCUGUUCUCAUGAUAGUGAUGCCAUGCAUUUGAUGCGAGCAGCAAAAGUAGUGCGCAAAGAAAUAUUCGACUCAGGUUUCGUGUUUGAUGGGACGUUCAAGGCAAACUGCCAGGAGGAAGCUGUGCCACCAUCCCCUUUGGCUCUGGUCAACAUGAUACUCGAUGGGGCAAACAUAAAGGAUCAGAAUCAGCUGAUCCACAAAACCUGCCUUAACAAUCGCCCAAUUGAUGGUGUUUAA